AUGAGUGGACGUUUACCUGGAUUAACCCAAGGAAAGCCUGGUGGAAAGCCGGCAUCUGGGAGCGCAUUGAAAUUCAAGCCAAAAGUUGUAGCCCGUAAAUCUAAAGAGGAGCGUGAUGCUAAUGUUUUGAAGGUAGAGGAGCCUAAGAAGCAACCUGAGAGGAAAAAGUAUACCCAAAAACCACCUGGCGGUCAAAGAAGACAACCAAAGUAUCUAAACAACACAAGAGUGAUUACUUCUGGUCCAUUGGCAGCAGGGAAUUUCUCUGGAGGUUCUUCCAGGGGAAAUGGGUUUAUCAAAACGGAGGGCUCUCAAAGCAGUCUUUUACAGCAAGGUUUAAAGUCGGUUUCUGAUGACGAAGCCAAUGCAUCAGACGGUGAAGACUCCAGUGCCGGUAAGCGGAUUAAUAUGGGUAAGGAGUAUUCAGAGGCUGAUUUCAAGAAAGAAACCGACAACUUGUUUGAAGGCGAUGAAGAUGACGUGGCUGCAAACAUGCCAAUUGACGAAGAGACCAGAACUUCUAAGCAAUUAGCGAAUCUUUUCCCCGUUAGAGCGGUACGUAUUAAUCAUGAAAAGGUAGAUUCCAUGCAGAAGGCUGUUCAAGAAUCAAUGUCAACUUUAAAUACGAGAGAUCCCACACCCGGCCCUGUGAAACUGGAGCACGAUCAAAACCAAGACUUGGACGGGACGCUUUCUGAUGUGGUAAAAGAAAGAGAAGACCAGCUAAAAGAGAAACUACGCGUGCUCAACCUCCAACAAGAAAUCAAUUCAGUGGAUGCAGAAGAGGUUCUCAAAGAAGUCAAUCUGCUAUUUGAAGAUCACAAACAUAUAUAUAAAAAAUUGAACAGGAUCAAUGACGUACCUAACAAAUUCUUGUUCAUCCAAUUCCCAUCGAAUUUCCCAGAGUUCAAAAGACCAUUAGCUAAAACCCAGGAUACUGUAGUGGAAAAUAAAGAAGAGGAAACAUCCAAAGCAUCAGAUGAAGAUUCCAAAGAUGGUAAGCAACCUAAGACCAAGAAAAAUGCGCCAGAAUCACCUCAACCGUUGGUUGGUAACGUAGGCUCUAUCAGAGUUCAUAAAUCAGGAAAAUUAUCUGUGAAAAUUGGAAACGUUGUAAUGGAUAUUAGUAGAGGUGCAGAAUCUACAUUCUUACAAGAUGUCGUCUCCCUAGAUCUGGAAGGACAAGAGGCUGAAUUACUAGGCCAAAUUGACGGAAGAGCAGUUGUAACUCCUCAUAUUUAA